CAUCUCCCUGACACUCCGCCACGGCCCUCUGCCCCUCGCCGCUGCAACUGCCUCAGCAGCACCGCAGCUACACGCCAAGCAUCUCGACUGCCUCGUGCGCGCCCGCUCCACCGCUUACCGCCGCUCCUCGCCUUCGCCAUGUCUGCGCAGCAGAGCCAGGGUAUUCAGACCCUUCUCGAGGCCGAGAAGGAGGCUGCCAAGAUCGUGGCCAAGGCCCGCACCUACCGCACGCAGAAGCUCAAGGAUGCGCGCUCCGAGGCUGCGCAGGAGAUUGAGGAGCUGAAGAACCGACGAGAGACGGAGUUCAAGAAGGCCCAGGCUGAUCACGAGGGCUCGUCUGGCCGCUCGCAGGCCUCGGUGGACAAGUCGACCGAGGAGCAGCUCAAGAAGCUCGACGAGGCCUUCGAGAAGAACCGCAAGGCCGUCGUCGACAAGCUCCUGGAGCGCAUCGUCGACGUCGAGCCGGCCACGCACCGCAACCUGCAGAAGGCCUAGGCUGCCAUGCUUCUCUCGCUCGUCCCUCAUUUCACUCAUGACCGUCUGCCAGAGACUGUUUUGUAUUGUGCCGCUGCACAGAGCGCGAGAAGGGGCAGG